AAUUACGCCGAAAUUCCGAAAAAACAAAAACCCUAGAGGGCACAAUUACUGCGAAGAGAGCGACUUGAAGCUUCUCCAUCUACAUUUCUCAAUCGCGCUUUCCGUCACUCCUUCGUUCUUUCUCUCUGUCUCACCUAGUGCACGAUUGCACUAACACUUUAUCUCUCUCUGGAAGACGAAGACUCCAGCUAUCUCUCUCUAUCUCUCAGUCUCGCCGCUAUUUGCAAUCUCACUCACCCGCUUUUGAAAUUUGAUGGUGUUAUGGAGAUAAAUGCGGGAUCAGAUAAACGAAAGGCUAUUUUUGAGAACAUGAAUGAACAAGGUCUUGAAGGAACAUCAAAUGGGUAUGAAAAAUUUCAAGCACCUAAAACUGGUAUGGUUUUUAACUCGGAUAAUGAAGCUUUUGAUUAUUACAAGAACUAUGGUGAGUGUGAGGGCUUUGGUGUUAUAAGGAAAAGUAGAAAGUUUGAUGAAAACAAAAGAUUGAAGUAUGUAACGUUUUCAUGUGCUAAAUCUGGAAGGGUAAAAGGCGCUUCAAGUAAUUCUAUCAAACCAAAGGCAUCAUCAAAAACUGAUUGUAAAGCCAAAAUCAAUAUGAUAGUUGAUGAUGAUGGUCGAUACACUGUGGGCUAUGUUAAGUUUGACCAUAACCAUGCGCUAAGGCCAACAUGUAAUCAGGAACUAUGUCAUCACGCAAAAAGAAGACUUGAACUGAAUGACCUAGCUGACAUUUCAUUAAGCAAGGCCUUCAACUCUUCUGUUGCUGAACCUGGAAGUUGUGAAAAUUUGACCUUUAGUGAGAAAGAAAGUAGAAAUUGUAAUGAAAAAGCAAGCAAGUUAAGGCUUGGGGUAGGAGAUGCUGAAGCUAUUCAUGAAUAUUUUGUUCGAAUGCAAAACAAGAAUUCAAAUUUUUUCUAUAAAAUGGAAUUUGAUGAUGAAAACCGUAUAAAGAAUGUAUUUUGGGCUGAUGCUAGAUCCAGGGCAAUGUAUGAGUCAUUCGGAGACGUCGUCACAUUUGACACCAAGUACCUCACAAAUAGAUAUGACAUGCCUUUUGCUCCAUUUGUCGGAGUAAAUCAUCAUCGACAACUACUGUUGUUUGGUUGUGGCUUGUUAUCUAAUGAGGAUACAGAGACUUAUGUUUGGCUGUUUAGGUCGUGGUUAGAAUGUAUGAGAGGGCGUUCACCAAAUGCCUUUAUCACUGACCAAUGCAUGGCCAUUCAAGGAGCAGUCACAAAGGUGUUUCCUGAAGCUCGCCAUCGACUUUGCUUAUGGAACAUAAUGAAAAAGAUUCAUGUGAAGUUAGGUGGGUUUGCAGAGUAUAAGGAAAUAAGUAACAACAUGAUAAGUAUUGUAUAUGACUCCAUUACCAGCACUGAUUUUGAAGAAAAUUGGGUCAAAAUGAUUGAGACAUACAACCUUCAUCAUAAUGAAUGGUUGAAUUCUUUGUAUGUUGAUCGAUAUCAUUGGGUUCCAACCUUCGUGAAAGACACUUUUUGGGCAGGAAUGUCCACAACUCGACGUGGUGAAAGUAUGGACUCCUUCUUUGAUGGUUAUGUUAACUCAAAAACGAGUUUGAAACAGUUUGUGGAGCAAUAUGAUAAAGCCUUAAGAAGCAUGGUUGAGAAGGAAAAUCUAGCUGAUUUUACGUCUUUUAAUUCAAACAUUCCGAUGAUAACAAAUUUUCAUAUCGAGAAACAGUUUCAAGAAGCUUAUAGUAUUGAAAUAUUUAAAUUGUUUCAAGACGAGUUACGGGGAUUAUGUUAUUGUAAUGUUAGCUUUGUUAAAGUCGAUGGGCAAAUUGUUACUUUUCAAGUACGAGAAAAUGUGACAGUGGGAGAUGGGUCUUCUAGAAGGAUGGACAUUUAUAAUGUUCUCUAUAAUAAAGUCGAGUGUGAAGUGAAAUGCAUAUGUCGUUUGUUUGAGUUUAAAGGAAUUUUGUGUAGGCAUGCAAUUGCUGUUCUCAGUGAUCAAUGUGUGAAUGAUAUCCCAUCACGAUAUAUUCUAGAUCGAUGGAGAAAGGAUAUUAAGCGAAAAUACACCUAUUUAAGGUGCUCUUAUUUUGAUCUUUCCACUAGUGCUCAAAUUGAGUGGUACAACAGAUUGCAUGAAAAAUUCAAGGAACUAAUAGAAGUUGCGAUGGAGUCUACUGAGAAGUGUGAGAUGUUGUCAAAAAUUUUAGAUGCUGGAAAAGAGAAGCUUGUUUUGAACUAAUUGAAAUGUGCAAGUGUCAAAUUGCAUUGAGAUCAUUUCAACUCAUCACUAGAACAUGAUGGUAAUUGUCAAGGAUACUCAAGCAAGAGGUUGCUAAGGUCCUCCACCAUCAAAGAGAAAAUAGUCAAAUGUGUACCGAAUAACAAGUAAAAGAAAUAAACAGGUCUCUCAAAAGGAUUUACUUCAGAAAAGAAAAAUGGCAAAUCAAACCUAUCACUUGAGUGAAAAUUAUCCCGAUGUUAGUGUCUCUCAGUCAACUUUGCUCCAAAGCCGAUCUGAGGCAAAUCAAACCUGUCCACUUGAGUGAAAAUUAUCCCGAUGUUAGUGUCUCUCAGUCAACUUUGCUCCAAAGCCCAUCUGAGGGAUAUAUGCAGGUGAUGGGAAUGUGAUCCAGUUCAGCCAGGGUCAGGCCAGGAGAUUGGCACAGGGAACAGUGUUAGACCACGUUUUAUUCAGCUCAUCUCCCUCCCAAGGGAUAAUCCAUGCCCAAGAUGAGGGGAUCAAUCAAGGCUUGAUGGUGUCAUAUGGUCCUGCAUUGAUUGCUUCCUUUCUGGUGGUGAACUCUACAUGUUUCAGUAUUCUGUAUCACCGGCUUUAAUUAUUGCCAAAGCUCAAGGAGGGACCCGUAUCCUUGCUGCUUCUGAUCCACCCAAUGAUGUCCUUCAUCGUGCCAAAUUCCUACUUCAUAAUGGUUUUGGUGUCUACCUCAUCUCUAAGAACAACUGUGAGGACUUUGCAAAUUAUUGUAAGACAGGUUUACUCAUCAUUACUAGCAUCAGUGUUGGCCGGAGUGGACUGGCAGCAUCGAUUUUUGAUGCUGCUUCUGCUACUGUUUCAUCACCACCACUUCGCUUCCUGACUACAAGCUUCACUGGCCUGACAGCUGUGGGUUGCGGUAUAUAUUGUGUUAGCCGGUUUGUUUCUGAUAUUGGAGUGCGUUAUGAUGUGACUAAAGUCCCAGUUCAGAGGCUUGUUGCCAACUCUAGAUUUGAUGGAUCCAAGGAUAUAGUUGAGGCUGCAACAGAGAUGGCUAAAAAAAGACUAAAUUUGUGAUUUGGAGUUAUGGACUGAUGUAACUUGGUGUUCAAGUAGGUUGCAUAGUUGUUUAAAAUUGCCCCUCAUAGUGUUUCUGUUUCUUCAUCUUAUUCUCACAGCUAUAGUAUCUACCAUACAACACUAAUGAGACAGUUUUAGUUCGCUUUUAGUUUUUCAAUUUCAUAUUUAUCACCUUAGUCUUUAA